GAGGGAGGCGGGGGAGGGUGCUGGGGUAGCGCGGGACGACAGACGCGCCAACACUUGUGGUGGGGAGCCAGGUUAUGUCCCACGCUGCACCACCACCACCCCGGACAUGGAGAAGAGGAUAGAACUGGAGAGACGGGGCAGAAGUCCUUCCAAGAUUACAGAGUUGAACUUGGACAACUGUAAGAGUACAUCCAUUGUGGGCUUGACAGAUGAGUUUGAGAAGCUGGAGGUAUUGAGUCUCAUCAAUGUUGGCUUAACUUCUCUCAAGGGUUUUCCAGCUCUUCCCAAUCUUCGCAAGUUGGAAUUGAGUGACAACCGAAUCUCUGGUGGGUUGAAUGCUCUCACCUGCCUUCCCAAGUUGGCAUACUUGAACCUUUCUGGGAACAAGAUUAAAGACCUGGAAACGCUAGAACCUUUGAAGAACCUUAAAUCAUUGUUCAACUUGGAUCUGUUCAACUGUGAGGUUUCUAUGGUGGAGAACUACAGAGAAAAGGUUUUCGCUCUCAUCCCCUCUCUUGUCUACCUCGAUGGAUUUGACAAGGAGGAUAACAGUGAAGAAGAAGAUGAUGGUGAGGAGGAGGAAGAUGGCGUAGAGGUGCUGGGUGACGGUGAAAAUGAUGAUGACGACGUUGGUGAGGUCUUGGAGGGCGACAAUGAACAUGAUGAUGACGAUGAUAUAGAUGGAGAAGAGGAGGAAGAGAUUGAUGAGGAGGAGGUGGAAGAGGAGGAAGAUGAGGACGAUGAGGAGGAGGAUGUACCCUUGGAUGCACUAUACAAGGAAUAUAAUCCAGUUGGUGAUGAUGAUUACGAGGCGGCCGAAGGUGAAGGAGACGAUGACGAUGUCCUCGAGGAAGAAGAAGAUAGUGAUGCAAACCGAGGUCAAAAGAGGAAGCUGGAGGACGGAGAAGAUUAGAAUUAACUUUAUAGUGGGCACGUGGCAACCUGUAGCCAAGAGGGCAGCAGGGGGGUGAGUGGAGGCACCGUCGCAGCUACACCGUUGGGCUUGUGUGGCUCUCUCCGGGCGCAGUAAUACUACCACACAACUCGCCAGUUAAGAGUUGUCAAUCUAAAAAACUGAAGUGUUCAUUAAAAUCAAAUUUAAUUCUUUUAAUCUAAAUUGCAACUUGUUUUAUUAUAAUUUUGUGUAUACACACUACCCAAUUUGAAUUUCUCAGUGCACUAGACAUGUGUUGAAUGUUGGUGAUGGUCAUAUGAACCUGGCCACAACCCCUUUUCCUGUAAUUUGGAGGCUUAGUCUUGACUAGUGCUCACUGCCUAGCUUGCUGUAAUUGACCUAGCCACCACUUACCUCACUUGACCUAAACACGAUUGUCACAGUUAAAGUGAAUGUUGUGGGACUUCAUGUAAACAUUUCACUUGUUACUGUUUAAGCCAUGCUAUUGAUUGGCAGUACAGGUAAUGGUUCUUGAAAUACAACUUGAGAGAAUAUAAUCAAGCAUGCAUUGGAAUAGCUAGUUGGUUUAAAGAUGAUGAUAAUAGUGCAGGUAUUGAAUGUUUCAUGGGGCCACAGGUCUCAGGAUCAGUUUAGACAUUUCUGUUUGGUCCCGGUGUGUCGGUGGAGCCAGUGAUAAGUAAAGUACUGUAUUGAGAGGGCAUGGUCUCUGUGUCACUCCAUAUGUUGUUCAAAAAGACAUGGCCUAUUAAUUUAUCAUGGCUGCUUUUAAAUGACUUAAAUUUGAUGUUUUUCAUGAAUUUGUUAAAAUCAUGGGAAUGUUGUCAGAAUUCUUUUAUCUGUUAGUUUGUCAUAAUUUUUUAUAUAUAUAAAUAUAUACAUACAAAGUCAGCAAUAAUAAUUUCAGUUUAAAUUGUGAUGGAGAGUGUUUACAUUUAAGAAACUUAGUUCUGAUGGUUAGCUAAAGGAUGUGUAUAUAAUAUUACAUCAUUAGUGCAGUAAUUGUAAGUCAUGUUUAAACAAGAUUACCUAAGACAAUUCUUUAAUUUUUUAAUUUUCAUACUUUGUACAGUAGCAUAUUAUUGUGUAAUAGUAUGUUAGCCAUUUCUGCCCCUCGAGAGACUCCGUGUGGCUGGCCGAGGCCUGUCAUGGCUGCCCAGGCUGGGUGAGGUGGGUUGUAGAGUUAUUGACUGUACUCCUGCCAUGGAGAUUCUAGUGUCUUUCCCAUUUCUUGUUGCGUGUGCUAGGUCCGUCCUUAUGUGUGGAACUCGCAGUAGGUUUUUACUAUUAUUGUUGCUAUUAUUAUUAUUGAUGUUCACAGAUUCAAUUUUUUUUUAUUACAGUACUGUACUUGUUUUUGCACUUAAGGACCAACUGCAAAUGGGAGGUGUGGAGAUGCUUGUGUAGUGGUCAAGUUGGGGUACACGUGGCUCUUUCCCUUGAAAAGUCAAUGUAUUUGUGGUCAUAAUAUGUAAACAUAAAGCCGUUUUCUUUUUUCUUUAGUUUUAUACUGUCAUGUAAAUAUAAAUAGAAUGUUUAAGCAAUAGGACUAAGGUCUUGAAAACUAGGCCAUAGAAUAUUAAAAUAUAAAACAGAGUUAUGGUAAUAAUGAGAAAUAGUAGCAUGCAAGAACUAGCACUGUCAGUCAUUGAUCUCCAAUUGAAGGCCACAUCUUGGACAGCCGCAGCAGCCAUGACCCCCAACUGUGUGGGUGUGGGCCAUGCGGGUCCACACCACCGUCCUGCACACCCUCACCACCACCACCUCUCUUGGCCCACCCAAUUUAUCAACAUGUGUGUCUCUUGUUACAAGUUAUAACAUGGUGAAAUUGGCCAACUUUUAUAUAACCAAAUAAAAGGAGUAAAUGUUAUUAUUUAUUUUUUAAGUAGUGCUGAAAUUAAAGUAAAUUUAUUAAUGAGAAUUGUUAAUUAAUAGCAGUAAUUUGAAGGCUGUGUGUGUGUGUGCACGUUUGUGUACUUUGUGUGUGUGUAUGUAUGUAGGUGUGUGUGUAAAGAAGAUGGUGGUGGAUGUAGUGGUGGCAGACAUUUGGUCAGCGUGCCCACCACACAGUUACUAGAGUACAAAGUACAGGGCCCAGCCGUCAUUGAGUAUCCCGCCGCCAUGCCUCUGCUGCAGCCAGUCGACACAGGCUCUAACAGGCUGAGCAGCAUUGCGCAAGUUAUCCGUCUCGCCCACGCGCAACUCUUAUAGUGUGGGCUGUCAUCUGGGCCAGCAGGAGGCUUUAUAACAAAAGUAUACACACAAUUGUUAAAAGACGUUAGUAAGCCCAUGUGCCUCUACGUUGAUGUGAGGUUGUCACCACCCAUUAAAGUAAAUUUUUAGGAUUCAUUGUAGAUUUGCACUCUUAAUUAUGAGGUAGGAAUCGGAGGUAUUGCACUUGUGGUAUGCGUGUUUUGUCAGUAAACGAGAGAUUCAAAGCAAUUCUGGUUCUAGGGAGCUCUUCCUACAGCCACUGAGAUAAAUUGUUAGGGCAGCCAAAGAAUUAUUUAAAAAACUUCAAACAUGGGUAAUUGCAUGAGUAACCCCUCAAUGAAAUGCUGAACUGUUUAGCUCAUGAGUGAGAUUACAAAGGUUUUGCUGUUUUGUUUCUAAGAAAGAACAACAAACUUGAGUGUGAUGCCUCACAAGACUAAUGAGUUAACUUUGGGAACAACAUUGGAGUCUAUUUGGGCUGCUGGUGUCAUGUAUGGGUGCGCAAAGUGGCAAACUUGGCCUUGGUGAGCAUCCAUUAUAAUCCUGCGCUGCCUAUGCCCAAAUCUUUAGCAACUUGCUGCAAUCUGAUGCAACUUGUCUUGUGUAGUUCAUAUUUUGCUGGCAUUGGGGACUUCGCAUCUUGGAAACAUGCCAAAUAUUGGGCUUAUAUUUGUUAUAAAUUAAUUAGGAAAUACUUAUUCUCAUAGGUUUAUUACAGAGUAUUUACCAGAGAUAGAAAAGACCCUGUUAUAUGUGAAGGGCCGAGUGCCUGCCAAAUAUAGUCUACGCUGUCAGAAGGCGUGGGAGGCAUGAGGUGCCAUCAAGGUCACACUGAACCGCAUACUCUCAGGUCGUUAGUGUGAUCACCUCCCAGGGUAGUUAGUAGGGGGGGCAUUUUGGGACAGUGGGACCUGAGUUAACUAUGUGAAUCCCCCACCAAAUGUUCAAAAUUAAGGAGAUCUGCUAUGGUAAUGAGCUUAUAACUAACAAUAAAUAUAUGUACAAGUUUCUUAUGAGAAUCCUCUUAAAUAAUAAAGGAGAAUUUGAUGUCCCUAAGUGCUUCCUCAUGGAGUAGUAGACCCAUAGACCCCAUGCAGAGAGAGGUGCCUUCCCUGAGGGGUGCCAUCACGGCCUCCCACCCCUCAAUGAUCCCGUCGGAGGCCCCGUUCUGUCAAUUCACACCCAGUGUUUGUCGUUACCGUAACUUGCUUUGUUUUAACCAGUUACAUUUUUUCCUCUGAUCUUUUUUAAUAUCUGCAGUUUGUUCUAAAUUAUUGAGAUGAUAUCUUCUCAGAUUGAAUGGAUGUUUUUAAUGUUUGCUGCUAUUGAGAUUCAUUUGACAUGUUUGCCACUUAUAUGUUUCAUAUAUCAAGGCUCCAGUACAUAUGUCUGCUGGAAAUAGUUGUCAUUUAAAUGAUGUCUAUCUCUGUACUGCCAUGUAUGUAUUUCUUAUGUAUUGACAAGGUCAUUUAUGUAUAUUUUUCACUUGAACUUAAACAUCCACAACUGUACCCCCCUGUAAAAACCAUUGCAUCUUAGGCUCUCGUACAGCAUAGCCUCAUACACUUAAUUCAUUUUGAAAAUAUCUGAAUGUUGCAUCUUCUGAAUAUGGCUAAUGGAAGUGCUUGAUGCAAGGGUCAUUACAUAUGUUACUGGUGUUGGCUUGGAGCUGAUGGUAAACAAAUUUAGAAGUUGAUAGUUUUCAGACUUGAAAAUAACAAAAUGUGGUGACCAAACACACACCAGAAGAUGAGGAGACAGCAACGUUUCAGUUCAUCCUGGUCCAUUAUAAAAAUCGAUUGUUUGGAGGAUGGACUGAAACGUAGUCGUCUCCAUCUUCUGGUGUGUGGUUUGAUCAUGUAUCUUCAGCCACGUUAUUGCGGCUCGUUGUCUGCCAAAAAUUUUGUUUUAUGCACAUUAAUUAGCAAUAUUUUACUUUGAGGCAGCAAGAUGGCAAAAAGUUGCAUUAACUGGAGCCAAAGAUACAUUGUUUUAAACCAUGUUAGACUUCUUACCUGUGUUUGUUGCUUAGUUUUGUUGCAAGUUGUCUCCGUUCAUGAGAAAGUCAAUGUUUUUACAUCUGUUCAACGUACAUUUGACUAAUCGCAAGAUUGUUGUUCAGAUGUAUUUUGGCGUUGUGGAACUACUUUACAAAGCUCUGGCAACUAGAGAUUGGUAAUUCAAAUAAGUUUAUUGAGGUUUAAACAGAUUGGUAAUUUGCUUAUAGAAGACCAUAAGAGAAAACAUUUGUAACAACAAAUAUCAGCAUAUUCGGGGGAUUUUUUUUUCUUUUUUAAGAUCACAAACCUUGUCACAAAAAUAUAAUGCUAGCAAAAUUAGCUGGGCUUUAAACAUGAAUUGAUACAAAAAUAUAGUUUGCUUUCAGUUUAAUAUGUAUGCCUUAUAGCAGCAUUAGAUAUUAGGAUUUAUAUUUUAGUUAUGGAAUAUCUUGCAAAAUAAUUUUAAUAUACCCAUAUAUGAAUUAUAGAGGUGUAAUUCAUUGGUAUAGUAUAUAAAUUGCCAUUUUUGUCAUUAUUAAUGCUUAUAUAGUUCAAAUUGAAUUUUUUUUUCUUUUUUGUUGUGAUUGUGCUCAAAUGUGAAAAUUUUAAUAUUAAGCAUAUACAUGGGGUAACUGUAGUUGGUGAGAGAAGAUGGUUGUGGAAGUUGUUGGGUGGUGCAAGGCACAAAUCUCUUCCCACGAUUGAAGUUACAUGCUAAGCAUUUAUUUGGUGACUCGACUCGUCCUGACAGCAGUAUGGCAAGAGCCAUACUGCUGGCAGUCUGCUGUACAGUAUAUGGAACUUGAGGCUAUAUUCAGAAGAUGCAUGAUGCCAUCCUUGCCUCAAGGGCACUUGUGGCCCACUGCCCCAUGAAGCACCAUACAUGUACUUUCAUACACGUGCACAACAAAAGGGCGAGCAACUGGAUGUUUACAAUGCCAUUAUUUAGAUCUUUUAACAAAAUUUGUGUAAGCUCCAUAGUUCAUAGUCGGAUUGGUUUGUUCAUUGUAAGCGCAUUAAAUGUAACAGUUGACUGGAGCACAGUUGUUACAUUCAUCUCGUGAGGUUCUUAAGAAAGACUGCACCAACUUUCCCUAGUGCCUCGGCACACUGGCAUGCCUCGUCCUUGAGCAAGAGACGUCUGGACCUCGACCUAAGAGUGAGGGCUGCAAGCUCCUUGGGCAUUUUGCAGUGUCCAAUGUGGUUCUUACAUCUGUGACUUAGAAUAUUAAAAUAUUCUCUUUAUUCUGUAUUGUAUUUUUUCUUUAUUUAAACCAGUACUAUUUGAACUUUUUUUUUUAUUAAUCCAUAGGAUUGAUUGGGCAUUAUUUAUUUGAGUCUAUUGCUUGUUGGAUCCUGUGUAUAAUCUCACAUUUAUUCUUUUAUUAUAUUUUAUAAUGUCCAUUAUUCUUGUGUUUUAUAAAUUUUUGUUUUUGUUGGUUUAAAGGAGAAUAUUUGCUGGAGCAUGAAAUAUAGGCUGCUGGAGGGCUGAGUUAUGGAAUGAUGUGGGAUAUAGUUCUGGGAAAGGCAAGACAGGUUUUUAAAGGCCAUUAUUUGAACACUUGUUGACUGUUGCUUUAGAAUCUGGCUCGGCCAGUAGCAUCUGCUUCCAUAUCCGGUGAACACCACUAUUUUUGCCCCCAUAGGCUUGUAGUUGAUUGUGAGUGUACAUACAGUAUUACAAAGUAGACAUCUUGUGUAUGUAGGUGUAGUGUCAGUGAGCCUUUCAUGUGUAUCACAGUGCCCCCUUCAGUCAGGUAAAGAUAACACACUGGUGGCAGUCAUAAUAUCAGGUGAAUUCAGGAUAAGCGCAAAUACACUUUUAUUCCUAGUCAAAUGUCUGGCUUUAUUUUGUCGAUGCUCUGACUAGCAUUCAUAGAGCGCUUGAAUACUGAUGUCAACUUUGUGACUGGUGAGAGUUAGUCUGCCUUAUCAGUGGAUUAAUUUCAUGUGAAGCCAAUGCCUAAGAUGAAAAUCUUCAGGUAAAAUCUUUGUCUUAUGGGUCCAAUAAUAACUUUUAUAUAAAUUCAAGAGAUUGGCUCAUCAAUUCACUGAGGGCCAACUGUGGUCAUCCUCACUGCUGAUUCUAAGAUAUGGAUCCGUAUUACUUUUUGCAUGUAAAAGGAUCCUAUCUUUGUGGGCUCUCGGUGAGUUGCAGCUGGUGUCAAAAGGGAAUGGUAGUCAUGCAACUUUAAGGUAGAUAUACAAAAUUGUCAUUUUUUAUCUAACUGCUGUGUUGAGCAUCCCAUGAAGUUUAUUAUUUAAACUUGACUUUAGUUCAGUAUUAUUAAUCUGGUGUCUAAUCAUUAGCCCCUGUUGCUUGGGAAUUGUCCUUGUUUAAUUUAUAUAAUUUCUGAAUAUUUCUUCCCCUCUAACUUGAAAAAGAGCCUUUGAGGUUUCACAAUGAAAAAUUUUUCAUUUCCUUACCUCUAAAUUAGAAACAUGACUUUGUCUUUAAGGUGGAAGUACAGUGAUUUGAGAUAGCCAACCAAUUGGGUCAGUGGUAGUGUAACAUUAAAAAGCUUGUCUUCAAGUACUUAUAAUUUUGUUUAUAUUUACAUACAUAAUACUGUUGUUUUGAUAAGUGAAUGUUGUAUGUAUUUUGUGGAUUGGAAACUCUUGGCACUUUUCCAAUAGUGUAAUUUUUACCUGCAAUUUCAUGUGAUUUACCAAAAAAAAAAAAAAAAGUAUUUUUGUACUUUACUACAUUGAAUUGGAUUUGAGUACAAUGCUCAUUGAUACUGUGAACUCUUAAUUACUAAUUCUGCUUUGGGAGGUGAUCAUAAGACUGUGUUCCUGGGAGGUUGUUUUAAUGAACAAUGUAGAAAGCAAAUUGCAAAUACACUUUCAUUUUUUGUAGA